GCUGGGUGGGAUAUAAACCAAGAGAGGCUUCAGCAGGCAUCAGCAAAUCAAACCCUUGGACAACUUGUGACGUGUGAGAUGCUUCUAUGUCUGAAUGUGCUGGGGCUGCUUUUCCUGCAGGCCGUCCUGUCAAGCCCCCGGCCGCUCACCACGCCGUCCAGAGGAUGUCUUGCCUGCAAGGGAAAGCCUUCUCAAACGCCGGGAGAUUUAAACGUCAGCACUCUGGCUGUGGGAGAGCCGUGCGGGGUCUACACUCUCAGCUGUGCCAGCGGCCUGCGUUGUGCACCUGCGCCGAGCGACCCCCGGCCCCUCCGCACCCUGCUGGAGGGCAGGGGGAUCUGCAGCAACGUCAGCGUCAUCAGUUGGACAGAAAAGAGCCAGACAGCAGAUCCGACACCUACUGAUGAUCCAGAGGAGGCUCCAUGUCGAAAGCUGCUAACAACGCUCAUUAGAGGCCUGGAUACUCAUUUAUUCAAAUCGCAUCAUGAUAUCUACAUGCCCAAUUGUGAUAAACGCGGCUUCUUCAGAAAGAAGCAGUGCUGGUCCUCCCGAGGGAAACAACGCGGUCGGUGCUGGUGUGUGGACGAAAACGGCAUGCCAGUGACGUCACAUAAACACAAAGGCAGUCUAGCUUGUUGAUCCAUCUCGGGUAAUAACAAAAAAGAGACUAAAAGCUUCGUUGGUUGAAGAAAGAGGACCUGAAGGAAUUCACCUCCCCUACUCCCUGAGCCGGAUGCUGUUUCAGGUGCAACUUUGAGUAUUGGCGCCAUCUAGCGACUAUCUAGCGAACUGUUGUGAUUAGCCAAUAACAUCUGCACAAGAGUAAUAGACACCGGACACAAUGUAAGGUACACCUGGACAAACUAAUGAAUAGGGACGUCUCUAAGAUUUAUGUUUAUGUUAGCACUUGUAGCUUCUAACAGAUAACUGUUUAUUAUGUGUCUAGUUUAGGUUAGAAUAAUGAUCACAUGGCAGCAACACUGCUAAACAAAGUUAAAUGUUUAGCAUCAUUUUAGCUUCAGUAUCGAAUCUCAUUAAGUCUGUGCACGUGUACCUAAUGAAGUGUCCAGUGUUUUUAUUUAGUGUCAUUAAGUGUCACAUUAUAACAAUGUAAAAGAACCAUUUAGCAAUUACAAGAAAAAGUUGUGUAUUGUUUGCGUAUAUCAUUUUCUUUGGCGUAUUUAUACAAAUCCAUAUUUUUACACCACUGCUAUUGUAUACAUGUAUUUGUACUC